AAACUACCGCGGGAGGAGAGGGCAGCGCCGGCGCCCAGCACCAGCUACCGGUCGGGGACACACUUAGGCGGAACGGAAAACCAGAGCUGUUCACCAGGGCCAGUCCCUCGAGGCUGAAGUCUGUAAGCCUGGAGAGGCCUUCAGCAGUAAUCUCCACAUGUAAUCCAAAAUGACCACCCUGCCCCCACUGUGCAUGACACGCCCAAAGCUUACGGCCUUAGCCAGACAGAAGCUGCCAUGUUCCCCCAGAACAAUUCCAAGGUCUCAAUUGAUCAAAGAAAAAGACGACAUAGAUCAUUAUCUGGAGGUGAAUUUCAAAGGAUUGUCAAAAGAGGAGGUUGCUGCUUACCGGAACUCAUACAAGAAGAACAUCUGUGUGGACAUGCUGCGAGAUGGUUAUCAUAAGUCUUUUACUGAGCUCUUUGCUCUGAUGGAGAAGUGGGAUGCCCUGAGAGAGGCUGCAAAAGUUAGGUCCCUCUUCUGGCUGCAGAGACCCCUGGAAGAGCAGCCUGACAAGCUGGAUCACUUCUACUACUACCUGACCAGGGCCGAAGCAGCUGAAAGGAAAGAAUACUUUGAAGAGGUCUAUAAUAACUUGUAUGCUCUGGCCUGUUACUUCAAUAAUUCUGAAGACAAGUGGGUAAGGAACCACUUCUAUGAACGAUGUUUUCAGAUUGCUCAACUCAUCAAAAUUGACGGUGGGAAGAAGGAAGCCGAGGCGCACGCACACAUGGGGCUGCUCUUCGAGGAGGAUGGUCAGCUUCUGGAAGCUGCGGAGCAUUAUGAGGCCUUCCAUCAAUUGACGCAGGGACGGAUAUGGAAGGAUGAGACAGGCCGCGUUCUCAACUUGUUGGCCUGUGAGAGUCUCCUGAGGACUUACAGAUUACUCUCAGACAAAAUGCUGGAAAAUAAAGAAUACAAACAGGCCAUCAGAAUUCUUAUAAAAGCUUCUGAAAUAGCCAAAGAAGGAAAUGACAAAAAGAUGGAAGAAGAAGCUUCCUAUUACUUGGGCUUAGCGCACUUGGCUGCUGGAGAGUAUGAAACAGCAUUAGCAGUCCUUAACACUUAUGCUAAAAUCUCUACAGACCUGGAUGAUGAUCUCAGCCUGGGGAGAGCCUAUGAAGCAACAGCCAAGGUCCUGCAGAGCCAAGGACAGAUGGCAGAAGCAGUGAAAUACUUGAAAAAAGUUGUGAAAAUUGCAAGAAAAAAUUUUCAAAGCCUAGAUUUUGUGAGAGCAAGUACAAUGCUUGGAGACAUCUACAACGAAAAAGGAUACUACAACAAAGCUUCUGAAUACUUUCAGCAAGCUUUUGACACAACAGCAGAGUUAACGAACAUACCUCUGAUGGAUGAGACAAAAGUUCAUUAUGGAAUAGCAAAAGCUCAUCAGAUGAUGCUGACCAUUAAUAGUAAUAUAGAAUCUGCAGAUCUCACCAGCCUUGACUACCUGCUGUCAUGGAAGGAGAAUAGAAGUGAUGUUGCACCUGAUCCGACUAUUGGAGAGUCUAGAAGAUCCACAAUGGAAAGUUUAUAUCAAACCUCAGAGUUUUCAGAAGAGGACCUCAGUGGAUUUGCAGAUAAUCAAAAAAAUUAGACUUAAACCAACUUUUGACUCAACAAUAAAUCAGGAAGUAAUUUAUCAUGUCACUUCAGUCUUCAAUAC